GUUGUAUCUGCCGCCUGGGCUAUGCGGUGAAACCUACUUUCCCAUCCUCGACCUCCACACGAUCUCUCGACUUCGCGCGCGUGUCUGUCCCGGCCAUCAUACACGCCGGUCUCCGUCUUCUAAGCUUUGGCUUUGUUUACCGCUCCUUUGCGCAUGUGCGCUGGCCCCGCGGAAGCGUUGCAAACUGGUUGCAACACCGGCAUCCGACACACGUCUCUUGUCUCGAACGCCUCGGCCUUUAAACCACACCAACACCAUCACAGCGGUUAGUUUUUGGUCCUGAUGGAAGGCAUGAUUCCGAGCAGGUAGCAAGCAGCCUUUUGCUCUGGACUUCUUGGCAGCACUUCGCGCUCGUCUCGGCUUUGCUUGCCAUGGGCAUCGAACUGUCCCCCGGCGCCAGCGUAGCACUUGGCAUCCUCGUUGGCCUAGUCUCGACCUGCGUGCAGAGCAUCGGUUUGACGCAACAACGGAAGUCGCAUCUACUCGAAGAGCAGAAACAAGAAGAACAUGCUGACCAUGUGCUUCGGCCAGCAUAUAGACGGAGGAGGUGGCAGUUGGGCAUGCUCAUGUUCCUGGUGUCUAACAUCGUGGGCAGCAGCAUUCAGAUAACCACCUUACCUCUACCAGUGCUGUCAACGUUGCAAGCAUCAGGUUUGGUCUUUAAUACGAUAUGCGCAACAGUCGUACUCGGCGAACCCUUCACCCGCUUUUCGUUCGUCGGGACCGUCCUAGUAGCCGCUGGCGCGGCGCUCAUAGGAAUAUUCGGUUCAGUCACCGAGCCGUCGCACAGCCUCAGCCAACUUCUUACGCUUUUGGGGCGUUGGAAGUUCAUACUAUGGCUCUCCUCCACUUUUCUCAUCGUUGUUAUUCUGAUCAUCUGCAUGUUCAUACUCAAGAGAAUACACCCUCGACAAACACACCGAGUACGAAUCAUUCGCGGCAUGGCGUACGGCGGGAUCUCAGGAAUUCUUUCAGCGCAUACCUUACUUCUUGCCAAAAGCGCAGUUGAACUGCUCGUGCGCACAAUCGUCGAUCACGUCAACCAAUUUAACCAGUGGCAGUCUUGGAUGAUUCUAGUAGGGCUUGUCAUGCUUGCCCUCGCGCAGUUGUACUUCCUACACCGGGGCCUUAAGAUGUGCUCGACAAGUGUUUUAUAUCCGUUUGUUUUCUGCGUAUACAACGUUAUUGCUAUCCUAGACGGUCUAAUCUACUUCGAUCAGAGCUCUAGACUACCGGUCAGGGACGCCGCGCUCAUUGCUGUCGGUACCGUGAUCCUUCUUGGCGGCGUGUUUGCGCUCAGCUGGAGAUUACAAGCCGACGAUGAUUUGCCAGGCCCAUCAGUUGUUGAUGUUAAGGCGAAGGCGCGAGUUGUCACACCACGUACGAUGCUUCAGCCUGGGUUUGGCCUCCAGAACGAACCAGAGAGCGACGACGAAAAUGAAUUGCUGAUCAGACCAGCUGAUGACGAAGAGGCAAUUGAACAAGUAAAAGGCCGACGGCCUCAUGAGCAGACACCUCUCCUAAGAACAAAGACUGGUCCAUCGCGGCCUCGAGCACACACCGAACAAAGAGAUUCUACGUUGCGCUCUCCAAAGUUGCGUCGCAUAUCUACCAUACAAGACGACAGCACGAUAGAUCUAUGGGAUGAGCUGAACGACCGCCCCGGUUCACGCCGCUUCUCCGUGGAGCAGUCGCCGCACUCAGUACGGUCACCCAUUACAUUGAGGUCGCACAGACGGAGCAUGAGCGGCCCUCAUAGAUCGAAAACAUUGCCCAACAGACGGCGAACUAGCGUCAUGGGUAUCACACAGUUGCCAUGGAGGCUAUUCAAUCAUCAAGGUUCAGACAAAAAGAAGAUCACUGGCCAAAUUUCUGUCUCAUCUCCUCCACCGUCAGAUCCAACGGAUGGCGAGGACACGGAGGGCGACGAGCUUGAAAAUAACGAAAUGCGUACAGAGAUUUCCCCUGGUAGCGAGACAAGGCCCAAUUGGGUUAAGCUGCGGAAGUGGUGGAAGAAGAGGUGGCGGAGUUAUGAUGGAGGAGAUGGAAUGUAGCAUUUUUGUUCACUCAUGCUUAUACACUAUGUUUUUGAGCAACCUCUGGAUAUACUUUAAUCGCCUGUGCCUCUCUUCAUUGCAAC